AUGUUGACGUUGCCAAUAAUAUUCAAUCCCGAGGAUACGGGCAAAUCAAUGCAGUCAAUGUCGGACAGCGUAACAUUGGUUCGGCGAAUAGUGUUAGGCGAAAUCCGUUACGCGAAACUCGAAGAGUUCGGGAAUAUCAGUGCCAGUUGUGUCAAGAGCGUGAUAAUGAAGAAAUGGUGCAGUGUGAUGGUUGCGAUAAGUGGUUUCACUUUUUCCACCAAGCGAAAGACCGAACAGCAUCAAAACCAUCCAACGGGAAACAGGACGCCAUCGGUUGGAUCCAAGAGCAAGGUUGGAUCUGCUCGAAGUGAAACAAGGCGGUUGAGAGAACUCGAACUUCGAAGGCUCGAGGAAGAGUUCGAAAUGGAGAAGCGGUUUCUUGAACAAAGGUACAAGGUUCUAAAGGAAUACGGUAGCGAAUCAUCGUCAGUGGCGGAGAUCAAUGAAUCAGACCACGCGGCGAAAGUAGAGGAGUGGUUAGCUGAAACGGAACGUGCCGGCGAAGCUGAAGAUUCCGGAUUAGAUGCAGAGGAGGCAAAUGGGCACAUACCGAACGUCUCGGAUAAGCUCGAGGAGCACCAAGCUCUGGAUGUCGCGCAGUUGGCUCAACAGCAAGACCAAGUGGUUCAGCCGUUCGUAUAUCCAUCGGCACAAGAUACACAGCAGCACCAGGGCCUUAUGUACCAGCUUCGAUUGACUUCAACUCGUUCUGGUCCAUUUGCCCGUCAGCAACGUAACAGCAGAGCGACGGUCAUGCCUCCUUCAAUCCCAGAAGCUUCCUUCCAGCAGCCAACACGAGAGCUGCCAGCUCUAGAGUUCGCCCAAAUGAGCAUCCACGCCCGACCGAUGUUUCCAGCGGAAUUAGGCAAUGGCUUCCCGCAACAUGCGUCGCAUCAUUCUUCACGGAAUCGACCUCAGACAAAUCCAAGGCCGGCGUUCAUCUCUUCGACGAUGUCCGGUAUCCGGAUAGGUCACAAUACCGCAACUCGUACUCAGCCGCAAAUUGAUAGCCAAGCGACGGAUAUACCUUCUGCAAUUCCAGCAGCAUACUUCCACCAGCCAGCACGAGAGCUGCCAGCUCUCCAGUUCGCCCAAAUGAACGUUCAAGCUAGACCGUCAUUCCCAGCGGAAUUUGGUGAUGGCUUCUCGCAUCGACCACAGACCAUGAAUCCAAGACCGGCGUUCAUCCCUUCGACGAAUCCCGGUAUCCAGACCAUGAAUCCAAGACCGGCGUUCAUCCCCUCGACGAAUCCCAGUAUCCAGACGGGGCACACUACCUUCAUUCCAGGUCAGCAAUCAACACCGAUACGACCUGAUCACUCGCAACAAGGUGAAGUAGCGACGAUCCCCUACGAGACAGUGUGCGUUCUCAACCGAAGUCAGAUUGCGGCACGUCAGGCGGUUUCAAGAGAUCUGCCCGAGUUUGACGGUACAUUGGAGGACUGGCCGCUAUUCUACGCCAUGUUUAACUCGUCUACGCAGAUGUGCGGAUUCACAAACGAGGAGAACAUGUUAAGACUGCGGAAGUGCCUGAAAGGAAAGGCAUUGGAUGCUGUUAGAUGCGAGUUACUUCACCCGUCGAAUGUAGCGGAUAUACUGUCUACACUUAAGAUGCUCUUUGGACGAUCAGAAGCGAUCAUUCUAUCCAUCGUUAAAAGAAUCAGAAGUCUUCCAUCACCGAACAUGGAGAAGCUCGAAACGGUAGUCAAUUUUGCAUUGACAGUGAAGAACAUGAUCGCGACGGUCCGAGCGUGUGAAGUUGAAGAUUUUAUUUUCAACGCGUCUCUCCGGUAUGAGCUAGUGGAACGUCUGCCGGCAUCCCUGAAGCUGGACUGGGCGAGAAUUGCUCGUGGUAUCCCAAACCCAAAUCUCGCCGACUUCAGUGCAUGGUUAUAUACCUUAGCGGAAGAUGCUAGCACGGUGAUGCCUACUUCAGGUCAUGAUCAGCGAAGUCGAAAUAUCAAGAAGGACGGGUACCUAAAUUUUCAUUCCGAAUCGGACUCAAGCGACGCGAAACCAUCUGAGUUACUCAGUGAACCAAUACGGGUUGUAACAGAUCCCGAGAAAAACCUGUGUGUGGUGUGCAAGGGCAACUGUUCGACGGUUUCACGGUGUAACAGAUUUGAGGGUUUCAGCUACGAUUCGAAAAUAGCCACCAGGAUAAGGCGUCAACAUCAAAGAUACCGAUGUUUCCUUCUGAAUCUGCAUCAAGGACAGUCGGCAGUAUUAUUUCGCAUUCUCCCUGUCAUACUGUAUGGACCGGAGAAGGAGGUGAAGACUUAUGCAUUUAUCGACGAUGAAUCCGAGCUAACUUUGAUGGAACAAAGCCUGGCAGAAGAGCUUGGUGUCGAAGGACCUAGAAAGCCCCUGUGCUUGAAGUGGACGGGUGGUACGCGGAAGGUAGAGAAUAAAUCGCAGCAGGUGAAUCUACGAAUCUCUGGGGCAAGAAGCUCGACGAAGUAUGAACUUUCAGGGAUUAACACGAUCUCCUCUCUACAAAUACGACCGCAAACAUUGCUAACUUCUGUUCUACAGGAGAAAUACGCGCAUCUGUCUGGGCUUCCACUUGAGGACUACCACGACGUGAGUCCACGAAUUCUAAUUGGCUUGGACCAUGCCAAUCUCGGGUACGGAAUGAAGAGUCGCGAAGGUGAUCGAAACGAACCGAUCGCGGUGAAGACUCGUUUGGGAUGGACGGUUUACGGUAACUGCACCGGGAAGGAAGAAAUCGGUAAUCACGUGAACUUCCACGGCGUCCAAAGGUGCGACUGUACACAGGAGUAUGAUGAUGGCCUGCACAGAAUAAUGAAAUCAUACUUUGCGUUGGAUAGCAUGGGAGUUAUCAAACCGAACAAACUUCUCCUUUCUCAGGAAGAUCAGCGUGCCCAUACGUUGUUAGAGUCCCUCACCCGUUCAACAAACAAGCACUACGAGUGUGGUUUACUCUGGAAAUACGAUCACGUCCGACUUCCGGACAGCGAAGCGAUGGCUUUUAGGCGAUGGAAGUGUCUAGAAACCCGAUUGAGCAAGGAUAAAAUAUUAGCAGACUAUCUUGAGACGAAGAUCCAGGAACACGUCAGCAAGGGCUACGUAAGGAAGUUGACUCCGGAAGAACUACAAGUACGUCAUGCACGAAUCUGGUACCUUCCUAUCUUCGUAGUUGCUAACCCGAACAAACCAGGUAAGUUUCGUCUGGUGUGGGAUGCCGCAGCAACCGCUUUCGGCGUUUCCCUAAAUUCAGUCCUGUUGAAGGGUCCAGACCAGCUGACUUCGCUUCUUUCAGUACUGAUUCGCUUCCGUGAGUUCAAGGUAGCAGUGAGCGGUGACAUCAAAGAGAUGUUUCACCAAGUUCGAAUGCGAGACGAAGAUCAGCACUGCCAACGUUUCUUUUGGAAAAAUAGCAAUGAGUCUGAGCCGAGCGUGUACGUCGUUCAGGUAAUGACCUUCGGGGCAUGUUGCUCGCCAAGUACUGCGCAACAUGUAAAGAACAGCAACGCAAAACGAUUCGAGCAAGAGUACCCAGAAGCAGUGGACGCUAUCAUCAAGCAGCAUUACGUUGAUGACAUGCUCGUAAGCACGGAGACGGAAGAAGAGGCAGUGAAACUGGCUCAGAUUGUGAAAAAGAUCCACGAGCAAGCAGGAUUUGAAAUACGCAACUGGAUAUCUAACUCUGGUACGGUAAUAGCGACAUUGAAGGAGGUAACGGCGAAGGAGAAAAAUCUUAACAUCGGCGACGAAACUACAACAGAAAAGGUGCUCGGAAUGUGGUGGAACACUUCAACCGAUUGCUUCACAUACAAAGUUUCGUCCCGCUAUGAUCAAGUUCUGCUAUCAGGUUGUCGUCGACCAACGAAACGUGAAGUUCUACGCACACUGAUGAUGAUAUAUGACCCUUUGGGGUUGAUUGCACAUCUAUUAAUGUUCCUGAAGGUUCUUCUUCACGAAAUUUGGAAAACAUCGGUCGGCUGGGAUGACCAAAUCGAAGACGCACAGUUCGAGAAGUGGCUGACAUGGCUCACGGUCUUUCCGAAGAUGGGACUGGUGGAAGUUCCACGAUGUUACCGGACAUUGACAACGGUAAGGGCUAAAGCAGAGAUGCACACGUUCGUGGAUGCAAGCGAGAACGGCUUUGCAGCGGUCGUAUAUCUAAGAUUCCAAGAACGGGAUGCUAUCGAAUGCUCAUUAGUAGGAGCAAAAACUAGAGUAGCACCCCUUAAAUUCUUGUCCAUCCCAAAGUCCGAACUUCAAGCAGCUCUACUCGGCGUUCGAUUAGCGGAUACAAUACUGGCCUCUCUUUCUAUCAAGAUCAGCAAGCGAUACUUUUGGACAGAUUCCAAAGAUGUAUUAUGCUGGUUGAGAUCCGACCAUCGCCGAUAUAGCCAGUUUGUAGCAUUCCGCGUCAGUGAAAUCUUGGAGUCGACCGACGUUAAUGAUUGGCGAUGGAUUCCGACGAAACUGAACGUCGCCGAUGAAGGAACAAAGUGGACCCGAGUUCCCGAUUUAUCAACGGCCAGUCGUUGGUUUCGUGGUCCAGAAUUGCUUCGACAAGACGGAGACGCCUGGCCCGAAAUCCCUAAUCUCGGAAAACCGACGACAACAGAGCUUCGUCCGCAUCUACUUCUUCAUGCACCAACGGUGGACCCGGUCGUUAAUCCGCAAAAAUGCUCCAAAUGGGUUCCACUCCUACGUCGCGUAGCAUUCAUAUUCAGAUAUAUCGGUAACUUGCAGCGAUCUUCGAGACGAGAACGAUGUUUUGCUGGACCGCUGACACAGGAAGAACUGACUAAAGCGGAAAACUAUUUGUACUGCCAAGCACAGUCAGAGAAUUACGCCGAUGAGAUCGCAACGUUGACUGAGAGUUACUUCUCGAAAGGAGAGCAAAAAAAGAUAAUCAGAAAUAACCUGCUCUUUUGCGGCGCCUUCCUGGACGAAAACGGUGUUGCUCGCGUCCGGGGUCGAACAAAGGCAUGUUUAUUCAUUGAUCGUGAUGCUGCUGAACCCAUUAUUCUUCCUCGGAAACACCACAUCACCCAACUGAUCAUCGCCGACACAUACGAGCGCUUCAACCAUCAGAACCACGAGACAAUCGUCAACGAAGUCUUGCAGCGCUACCGUAUUCCUCGGCUGAAAGCAACGUAUCAUGCAAUCCGGAGAAACUGUCAACGAUGCAAAAAUGAUCGAGCGAAACCACAACCUCCAGCGAUGGCUGACCUUCCGCAGUCACGUUUGGCUGCAUUUAGCCGCCCGUUUACCUACAUGGGGGUGGAUUAUUUCGGUUCAAUACUGGUCCUGGUAGGACGACAUUCGGAAAAACGGUGGGGGGUUCUCGCCACCUGUCUAACUACUCGCGCCAUUCACUUGCAGAUAGCUUACACACUGACUACCGACUCUUGUAUUAUGGCAAUUCGAAAUGUCAUGGCUAGGAGGGGUGUCCCAGCAGUCAUCUACAGCGAUCGGGGAACUAAUUUCCAGUCUACAAGCAAGCUGCUCAAGGCAGCAAUCCAGCAGCUCGAUCACGACAGACUGGCAAGCGAGUUUACAUCAAGCCGCACUCAGUGGGCUUUCAACCCACCGGUUUCACCACAUAUGGGAGGAGCAUGGGAACGGUUGAUACGUAGUGUGAAGUCUAACUUGGCUAAGCUUCAGCCCAGUAGGCUACCCACCGACGAAGUGCUGCAAAAUGCCUUGAUCGAAGUCGAGAACGUCGUGAACUCAAGACCACUGACUAGCAUUCCCAUAGAUGACGAUGACUCGCCCGUCCUAACACCUAACCAUUUCUUACUAGGAUCAGCAAACGGUUUGAGGUCGUGGGUUCCCUUCGACGACAGCCAUGUGUACAGAAAGAACUGUUGGAUCCAGUCACAGGUCAUGGCAGACAGGUUCUGGAAGCAAUGGGUCCACGACUAUCUGCCUACGAUCACACGAAGAACCAAGUGGUUCACUCCGUCGAAGCCUAUUACGGUCGGUGACGUCGUAAUAAUCGUUGACUCAAAGUUCGAACGAAACUGCUGGCCUAAAGGUAUAGUUAUUGCUACGCAACAGGCUCCCGACGGACAGGUACGGCGGGCCACCGUACAAACAGCAUCUGGUGGAAUCCACGAACGCCCUGCAGUAUCGUUAGCGGUACUCGACGUUGGCGUUAUAGCGAAUACGCUUCCAGAUGAUCCUUCGCGCAUUCUGGGGGGGGAGUGUUGGCUACGCCCCGUCAACAACUACCGCUUCGUUACCCCCACUAAAUGUUGCGCCACUGCACGCCGCACCCGACCUGAUGAAAGGAUCGGGAGCAACCUGAAGGACGUAAAUAUAAACAAAUCGCCAUCGUAA